UUAUAGUUCGCAUGACCCCUUAGUUUUCGUGUUUGUUGUUGGAGUGACACUUCACACACGGUCCCUAAGCCGUUGGGCGCUCCCCGUGUGCGCUGGUGCUGAUGCAGACAGACAGAAGCAUCUAACCGGACAUAAACCACAGGAGGUGUUUUAAAGUGAUGCUUUGACAGUUUGAAGGGCUUCUUGAGACCUGCGCCACUGCCAUGGCGGUGCGCUCUGACCUGUUGGGUACGGCUCAGCCGGCGUUUGAGUCCUGGCCUGCAGGUGGUGGUAGUCCUUUGGAAGAGCUGGAUGUCAGGAGUUUCCUGGGCUCACUGAUGGAGGAGAACAGCACAGCAGAGAGAUGUUAUCGCUCUCACUCCCGCAGCAGCGUCCUGCAGGGCCUGCCCUUUGGAGGAGUCCCCACUGUCCUCGCCAUCAACGUUGUUCUGUGGCUGUUCCUGCUUCUAAUCUUCUCCUGUUUGAGGAAGGCAGCGUGGGACUACGGCCGCCUGGCUCUUCUUAUGGAAAAUGACAGCUUGACAUCACUAUUCUAUGGAGAACAAAGUGAGAAGGAGAAAACCCCAUCAGAAUCCAGUCCAUCAGACUCUGAGACCAAGGACACGGGCUUCUGUUCCUGGCUCACAUCUUUGUACCACAUGAAGGAUGAGGAGAUCCGCACUAAAUGUGGCAUUGAUGCAGUCACGUACCUGUCUUUCCAGCGCCACAUCAUCCUGCUCAUGAUGGUGGUGUGUUUGCUGUCGCUCACCAUCGUCUUGCCCGUCAACCUCUCCGGGAACCUCCUCGGAGAUAGUCCACAGAAUUUUGGCCGAACAACAGUGGUUAAUGUCCCUGCACAGAACACAUUUCUGUGGUUGCACAGUAUCUUUGCUCUGCUGUAUUUUAUGAUCACUGUAUUGUGCAUGGCCCAUCACUCCUCACAGCUGGAAUACAGAGAGGACGAGAAGGUGGCCAGAACUCUAAUGAUAACGUCAAUUCCCAGAGAAAUCUCUGAUCCCGGCCUGAUCACCAAACACCUGCAUGAAGCCUACCCCAGCUGCACUGUCACAGACAUCCGGUUCUGCUUUGACGUACAAAAACUAAUGAAGCUGGACUCAGAAAGGCGAAAAGCAAUGAAAGGAAGGCUGUACUUCACAACCAAAGCUCAGAAGGAAGGCAGGAUCAUGAUAAAGAUGCACCCCUGUGCACAGAUCUUCUGCUGUGAUAUAUGUGGCUUUGAACAGGUGGAUGCAGAGCAGUACUAUAGUGAGCUGGAGGAGAAACUGACAGAUGAGUUUAAUGCAGAGAAGAACCGUAUCACUAUGAAGAGGCUGGGCAUUGCCUUUGUUACCUUCAGAGAUGAGAGAAUGACUGCAGUUAUUGUGAAAGACUACAGCCGAGCUCGCUGCCGACACAGACCCCAGCAGUCCAGCAUCACCACAGUGGUGCGCUCACAUCAGUGGGGCAUUUCUUAUGCCCCUGCCCCUAAUGACAUCAUCUGGGAGAAUCUGUCAGUGUGCGGUUCUCGUUGGUGGCUCCGCUGUGUCCUGCUCAACAUUAUGCUCUUCCUCUUGCUCUUCUUUCUCACAACCCCUGCUAUCAUCGUAAACACUAUGGACAAGUUCAACGUCACUCGGCCAGUUGAAAGCUUAAGGAACCCAGUAAUUACCCAGUUCUUCCCCACCCUGCUCCUCUGGGCCUUUUCCAUUCUCCUGCCCUUCAUUGUGUACUAUUCAUCUUUCUUUGAGUACCACUGGACCAGGUCUGGUGAGAAUCAGGUCACUAUGCACAAAUGCUUUUUACUGCUUGUCUUCAUGGUAAUCAUUCUACCAUCACUUGGUCUAUCCAGUUUGGAUUUGUUCUUCAGGUGGCUUUUUGACAUUCACUUCCUGGAUGAAACAGAUGUAAAGUUUCAGUGUGUGUUUUUGCCUGAUAACGGAGCUUUUUUUGUGAACUACGUGAUCACGUCCAGUCUGAUCGGAACAGCCAUGGAGCUUCUGCGUAUUCCUGCUCUACUGGUGUACUCUCUUCGCCUUUGCUUCGCCAAAUCUAAAGCUGAGCGCAUCCAUGUUAAAAGAAGUCAGGCCUACGAGUUUCAGUUCGGUCUUGAGUAUGCCUGGACCAUGUGCAUAUUUUCAGUCAGUAUGACCUACAGCAUCACCUGCCCUAUCAUUGUACCUUUUGGGUUGCUUUACCUUGUGCUGAAGCACAUGGUAGAUCGGUAUAAUAUCUACUACGCCUAUAUACCUACAAAGCUCAGCCAGCGGAUCCAUUCGGCCGCCAUCAGUCAAGUGGUGGUGGCACCCAUUCUCUGCAUGUUCUGGUUGCUGUUCUUCUCUGUGCUCAGACUGGGUCCAGUGCAGCCCAUCUCUCUGUUUACCUUCAUAACUCUCCUGUGCUGUAUUGUCUUCUCCUGCUUUGGCUUUUGUCUGAAAAAACUACGACCUGACAGAUCAACAAGCUAUCAGAUGUCCGAUCAGACGACAGAAGGAGGCUUCAGUGAUGCAGAGAGAAGCACUGUUUCUACCACAACCACAGCUAAUCUUUUUAUAGCCUCUGUCCUGCUGGAGCCAGAGCUGGGACUGACUCCCAUGCCCUCUCCAGCCCACCAGAGCUACGGCACCAUGGGGAACAGCCAGAGUUCAGUGCGUGAUGCUGAAGGAGUGGAGGAGAAGGAUCUGGAGGAAACUUUGGAGACUGAACUCAAGGAUGAGCCAGAUCCCAGUUGCCCGAGCCCUCUCAUGGACAGUCCUGUGGGUUUCCAGUGACCAACUUGCCCAUCAUCCCCUCUCCCUAACUAACGCUCAAGCCCCAUGCCUCAUCUUAGCUAGUGGCUGAUAAAGAGGCACUAUGCUGCAAAUUUUUUCCUCUAGAACCUCCAUUUACAAGUAAAAGACAACAAAUUGCAUCCAUCCAAGCAAACCACUUUAAAAGCUUGUUGGGAAUUCACUGACAUGGCGGUUUUAGUUCUGAGGACUUUGAUGAGCUUUCAAAGAAAUAUCUGAAGUGGAUAAAAGCAAAGAUCUGUCAAAGAAAGAGACCAGUCCACUUCUCUUGCUUGGACUAUGCUUUCUACUAUCUUCUAUAUUUUUCUUUUCUCUCUAAUGAUGUUAAUGGGUAUCUGACGGUUUGGUUGACUGAAGCUUGGAACAUUGUAUUUUGACAGAUUUUUUGAUGUACUUUUUUAUGCAUAGUCACAUCAUACAGCUCCAAAGAGUUGAGGCAAAGCUCAAGACAUGCAAAUCUGAUUUGCUUAAUACUCCCUUUGCUGUUGUCGCAGUUUGUGCUUAUUAUUGUUAUUUUUAUUCAGUACUUGUAUUUUAGCAAUGGUAUGUAAUUGUGCAACAUUAUGCUGAGAGGCUGUUUUCAUGUGUUUACUAUUAGUAGAUUAUUAUUACUGUUAUUAACACCCUCAACCUUUUUUGCAGUCAAUCGCUCCCAGUUAUUGUUUGUUUUUCAGUGACAAUAGCAGUUGUGUUGUACAUACACAGUAGUGCAGUCAAUUGGCACUACAGUAGAUUUCAAAGUCAAUGAGGCACUCAUUACAUAAUUUAUUUUUUUCCUCUGAAGUUCAAUCAGUCAUUUGGUCUAUGGAGGAGAUGUGAGAGGACAUUCGAAAGUGAAGCUUUUCACUGACUAAUAUACAGUCUAAAUCCACUUAAUAAAUUGAAAAAAUUUGCAAAAACAAUCAGUUUGUAGGAAAAAAGGUAACAAACAAAAAAAAGAAGAGCUGUUAAAGGAAUUAUUGAAAAGACUUAGGCCCUGUUUACACUAGUGCAUUUUCAUUUUAAAACGCAUAUGUUUUGCUAUGGUUAUGCCUGUCGUUUGCACUACGCCAGCUUUUUCGAAAGUUGAAAACGUAGACUUUCCAAAGUCAAAAACGUACACUUUCGAAAACGCUGCAGACCCCAUUUUAGUUUGUAAAUGCCGGUAUUGAGUUUUAGUAAAACGUUUUUUGAAAAUGAUGGCGACUGUCCACGUUCGCUCUGCAUAUCCUUGAUGACUGUGUAAACAAUAACAUGGAGACUGAACUGCAAUCUUUUCUAGCUUUGUUAUUAUUUUUAGCUGUCUUUGUGCAGUUAAACUCUGAAUUUUUUUAAUACUGCAGCUACCUACAUGCGCAAGAUGCAACUCUUUACACUUGUACGCGCAUGCCCAGUGUGCAUGAACGGUCAUGUGACAUGCGUUUUACGUUCAUGUAGUAUAGACGGAGAUCGUUUCUGAAACGCUGUGGAAACGCCAGUCUAGACGAGAAUCGUUUUCAUUUUGAAACUGCAUUUUAAAACGAAAACGCACUAGUGUAAACAGGGCCUUAAGCUCUCUCGGCAGCAUAAUUUUAACUCCCAAUUUCUACAAUGCACUUAUAAUGAAAGUCUAUAGAGCAUUACAGAGGGUUUAGGCUCUGUGAAGCUUAAAAAUCGCUGAUAUUAGAGCUCCAGACAAAAUAAAAUUAUGAAAGAGCCACUGGGUCCUAAAAUAAAACAUUGUCUUUUUGUCUUUUUUGACUGACAACUUAUGGAAUCGCUAGAUAAAGGUGAUUGUUCAGUCAUUGAGUUCAUAGCUUCAUACUUACCCUUUUAAUAUUGUCACUAAUGCAGUGAGGAAGACAUUAUACAGACUAUAAUCAUUUGUUAUAAACUGAUAUUUUAUAGUUUUAUUUAGUACAAGUUUGUUUCAGUUGUUGUCACUAUGUUUGUGCCAUAAAAACACUCCAAUUAAGCAUACUUAAAAAUGACUCGCGGUUCAGUGAGGGAGUCUGUUGUGAAUUUGGUAGCGGCCUUGAACAAUUUCCUGACUGAGUCUGACUCGAACAGCGAAAUUGCAAGCUAGUUCGUGGCUUUCUCAUGAUUAUUUUAUCCAAAAUAACCGGUUCACAAGAGUCGAUCAGACGCCGCGCGUUCUGACAUUGGCGCGCGUUCCAUCGAAGCCGCAUUUAAGCAGGAAAAAAGCAUCAACGACUUGAUUUUAAAUUAUCGUUGCGCAUUUUAUUCACAGUCUGGAGCUUUGUAUAUUAGUACAAAAUUGUGUUAUUUGAGCUGUAAGUUCGUUUACGUGGUCAAUACAUUUGAAUAUUUGUAAAUUUGCUCAAAAAAGGUAAGCUAUUUUGUCACAAUAAUUUCAUGAUAACAUAUAUUUACAUUUUGUGGCUAUACAUUCGAAACCGUGUGUAUUUAAACAUUUAUUCUGGUGCAAUGCUUAUACCACAGUCUUUUAUUGUAAGUGCAUUGCUGUAAACAAAUCUUUGGUUGUUUUUAAAAACUGACGGAUAAGUUAAAGUUAUAAUUAUCGAUGGAGCUUAACUUGUAUUAAAAUCAGAACAUUCCUUUAACGAUCAUCAAAUAUUUUCAGGGUAAAAUCAUUUAAAGGAAGUGUUAAUACACAAACUGAAAAUGGUAUAUUGGAUAAUCCUGCUACAUAAAUUCUAGAGUCUCCAACUGCAUGUUGUUCUGCUCUGUCACAUGCUCAAACCAGCAUGCAGCUCUCUUUAGAUCCGUCAAGUGUUGCUCUGGCUUCUGUAACACUUUAAUUUUCUUAGUAAAUUUUGUAUUCUUGGUCUUUGCUGCUAGUGGUUCUAGGACUGGAAGGGAAGGGGUGGGUGGAGGGUUUUCUUGCCAAGCUAAAUGUAAAUGAGUUGUGAUUUGUACCGUGCUCUCUUGCUGUGCCUUGAAGAAACAGAUCUUAAGAAAAUAGAAAAAACAAUGUUAUGUCUGACAAUCCAGCAUGACCUGCAAUAUGCUGCAUGGACUACAGAGCAAGAUAAGACAAAGAAGCUAAAUUCUAAAGCGCGUUCCACCAAUGAAUCAAUCGUGAGAGAUUCCUAACAUGUUUAAAACUGACUCAGCCAUGAAACAUACUCUUUGCAAGUAUGCAAAUGAUUCUUGCUAAGUACGUUGAUUUAGAUUUCUGAAAUGUGUCAGACCACUACUGAUAACAACGCUAAAAUCCAUUGCAUUAUUAGCAUUCGAAAUACCUCUAUAAUGGACAAAUAUUGUAAAACAUUUUUUUGUUGCAAAAAAUGUUGCCUUCAUGCCCAUUACUUUGGAGCAGCAGUUUGAAGAGAAUCGUGUUGAGCAAGUUAAAUUUAGUAAACGGUUUACAUGUUCAAUGCUAGCACGCUAAGCAUAUUCAAUAGAGCAAAUGCGCUGACCACAUAUUUACGUCUGCGUACUUGUGUAAAAGUGUGUUUCUGGCCAUACUGUUUAACAGCAACUCAAAACAAUUGCUUCCCAGUCACAUCUAAUUCAUACCAAUUUUCAUUGGUAUCGUCAAUCACAGUAUCUAUAAAAACAGGUAAUAUGCAAACACUCUUACAUCAAUGUCUUCAAUACCUAGGUACCUGACAAACUGCUCUUGUGAGAUACUUUUUGAUUAUUUUUUUUUUUCUUCUGUUUGUAUUCACAAGCUGUUGACGUGUACUACUGUGUUUUCGUUCUUCAGUGUUGGGGGCCGUUUACACGACACCAUUUUCAACUAAAAAUGACAUUUACACGACAACACCGUUUUGGGAGCUUGAAAACGCUGAAAAUGAUACCGUUAUCGUCCUCGUGUAAACUACAAAAACGUGAAUUUGUGAAAAUGGUGACAUCAUGCGCAUGUGUAUUAUGUGUUCAGUCUAUAGGCGUGUAGUGUUUUUUUACAAAGUGACAUCGCCAACUACUGGCCUGGCAGCAUAAUACAGCGUUUUAGUAGUUUUCGCGGAUCCGUGUGAAGGGGUCAUUUUGACAAUGUUGUCACCUGUACGCAAAAAACACAAAGGAAAAACGUUUCAGUUUUUAGUACAUUGUUGUCGUGUAAACGUACCCUCAGUUUACGGAAUGUGGCUUGAGGUGCCAUUGUCAUGUGACGGGGCGCUUAUGACAAAGUAAAUUGCUGCACCAUGUUACAUUGAAGCAGCACAGCUCUUAAGAGUAUAAAACUAAAUUUGCCAAAAAUAA